CUCUGUUGACCGUCCACGCCCGCUGCCCCUCGGAGACUGUCCGCCGGCCUCAGUCCCGGGACUGCCGGGGCGCUAGCGCCAUCUAUGGAGAGUCGCCGAGGGUGACCUGUUUACCUUGAACACUUGGACGGCACCAAAACGGGCGAGCCUGCCGAGCAGAGAGGACUGCGGAAUGUGCUUCAGAUGCGUACCGCAUAAAUCAGAGCUCCGAGCUGCAGGGGACACGCUUAGUGUCUUAAAGCAAACAUUCAGGAGAGAAAGCUGGAUGUUCUUCCCUGUGGAUCACAAAGUAAGGCCUGCAUUUUCUGCAAAGAUUGCUCCAGAGUGGCUCGUCAUGCGAAGGACCUCGCUGUUUAAUUUUAGGCUUCGACUUUUCAUGUACAUUACAAGUUGAGAAGGUCAUGAGCGCCAGCUGUCACUCUCUGAAAGUGAAAACUGCCAUCGAUCACAAAGACAAGAAGUAAUUUUCCUGUCAUCACAAGAUGACUCAGGAUGGACCAUGAAGCCGCGCAGCUGGAGAAGCAGCACGUGCACGACGUGUAUGAGAGCACCGCCCCCUACUUCAGCGACCUGCAGAGCAAAGCCUGGCCUCGCGUCCGCCAGUUCCUGCAGGAGCAGAAACCAGGCAGCCUCAUCGCUGACAUAGGUUGUGGGACUGGAAAGUAUCUUAAAGUGAACAGCCAGGUGUAUGUCCUGGGCUGUGACUACUGUGGGCCAUUGGUAGAGAUUGCCCGGAGGAGAGGGUGUGAAGUCAUGGUGUGUGACAACCUGAAUCUCCCCUUUAGGGACCGGGGCUUCGAUGCCAUCAUCUCCAUAGGAGUUAUACAUCACUUUUCUACAAAACAGAGAAGAAUCAGAGCAAUAAAAGAAAUGGCUCGAGUCUUGGUGCCUGGAGGCCAGCUGAUGAUUUAUGUCUGGGCCAUGGAGCAGAAGAACCGGCACUUCGAGAAGCAAGACGUGCUGGUCCCGUGGAACAGGGCCUUGUGCUCCCGGCCGCUCUCCGACCCGAGCCAGCCUGGGAGAAAGAAGCAGUGCGGACCCCUGGGACCAGGCGCCCCCUGCCACCCGCCUUGCGCCGUGUGCGGCUGCUCCGUUUGUUUUAAGGAGCGAGGUGACUCAAAACGGUCCCGCAGUGUCGACUAUGAGCCUGCUGUGGCCGGAACCUGCUGGGCAAAUAUUCCUAAGGAAAGCGGGGAAGGAAACGGAUUCUAUAACACAUUAGGGAAGCCUUUUCGGUCCUGGUUUUGCUCCAGAUCUUUGGACGAGUCAACUCUAAGGAAGCAAAUUGAAAGAGUGAGACCCUUGAAAAGCACAGAAGGUCAGGCCGCUAGCGCUGUAUCAGUCCAGCCUUCCAGGCAGGCUGGUCUAGACUCGGAUCGCCAGGAGCCCUUAGCAACAAGAGAGCAAAACUUAGACGAGGACGUGUUUCUGGAAACUUCUCAAAAGCAUCUGGAGUGGCUGAGAGCACCAGCCACAACGGGACACCUAAAUGGAGACCAUCCAGGGGAACCUGGGAGAAAUGGUCGUGGGAAUUUUCUGGAUGGCACUGAUACCCAUGAGGAGUGUGUGGCCGCCGGUGACUCAGGAGAAGGGAACCCUUCUGCUGGUAAAAUAGUGAGAAGGAUUUCUGCAGCCGGGUCCACAGAUUCCAUCCCGGAUGACACGGUUUCUGUCGGAGGAGGACAGCCAGGCGUUGGGGACUCCAGAGCCUUCAUGCGCUACUACCACGUGUUUCGAGAAGGGGAGCUCUGCGGCCUGCUGCGGGAGAGUGUGUCCGAGCUCCAGGUCCUGAGCUGCGGGAACGACCACGGCAACUGGUGCAUCGUCGCAGAGAAAACGGAGAGCUGUGGUUGACGGGGCGGUGUCGGACACCUCCGUGGAUGACCCGCGUUGGUUUUCACAGGUCUGGGGUGGCUACCUGAAUUUGCUUCCAGUUUUCUUUAUUUCCUCUUUGUUUAACCCAUUUAUGUUUUUUUUCUCUAGAGACUAUGAAUUGGUCAUCUUUUUAAUUUUGGGGUAAACAUGCAACCAGGCACCCGAAGCUUUUCACGAAGGGUAUUUAUGGUUACAGGUUGAUAGAGGUCUAAAGAAGCAAUACACAGUGGACCUCAACACGGUUUGGGGUUUUUUCCGCUGAAAGAUGAGAUUAUUACGAGAUGACACGUAUAUUGUUUUUUAGUAUUAUAAACUGAUUUUAAAAGAUUCUGUUUUUAAAUGUACCUUCUGAAAACAACAUUUUGUGAAGUUAGGGGGUAAUUUCUGCUUCUCGGAUUAUAUUUUAGAUCUAUUUGCUGGCCAACAGGUAAACCUCUUCCAUUGGACAGAUGGAAAUUGAACCUUGUGAUCGAUUAUUUUGUUGCCAAGGCCUUCCCUCAAAGUCUUCAGAAAGGUGGGAAACAGAGAGAGAGACAAGAAGUGUUAUGGGACUUUUUGAAAUGAUAAUCCAACUUGCCUCAAGAUAAGUAAACAACGAGGUUAUCAAUCUCAGAAGUGUCUUAAGGCACUAAUAAGCAUGUAGAAAGUGGUCUCUAUGGGUAUUUGAAGUUGGUAUUCUCCUGACCUUGUCAGAGGCAAGAAUGUCCAGUUCUGAUAAGACCAAGAUUGACUAAUGAGGAGCUUCCAUUUCGAAUGAUGAUUUCCUUACAGCCUGAAGGGACGUGUAGGAAAUGGGAAUCUGGCCGAAGCUCUGUUUGGACUCAAUAUAAAUAGUCUGCUAAGGGGUAAGACCGUUGGCCUUGGUGGAAGGUCAGUUCUUGAACUUUUAAAAUUAACAUCCAAGCAUUUACCCUUUGGAAAGUAACCACAUUUUGUCAGUAUUAUUGGAGACAUAGGCAGAAUCAUGUCCUAUUAGUUGCAGGUUGAAUUCCUGCCACUUUAUGGACAAAUAGAUCGGUGUUGUGUGGUCACUGGCUCUGUUUAGAUUGAUCCAUGGGUCUGUUUAAAUCUGUGUCACUGAUCCUGGAACACAGAUACAAUUAGGGCGGGGCCAGAGGUCUCAGAGAAGCGGAAUAUGUUGACCCAGGAAGAACGCCUCAGAUUAUCUUUGAGGGGGAGAGAACCGACAUUGGACAGAAGUCUUUCCACUUUACGGACCAUCAUAAUCCUGGAUGAAAAUCCAAUUCUUGUUCUAUUUUCCACUAAAAUGAGCUGAAAGAGUGAAAGAUUUCACUUGGCUUUGGUUUCUUCUUUCCUUCACCGAUUGAUUGUGCUCUGACUUAAAAUAAUAAUGGUACUUUCAAAGAAACGUAAAGAAUUGGUUUUAAUGCUUAGCUGAAAAUUAGCAAUAUUUAUAACUCUCCUUUGGGUCUAAAGUAAGCCUGCAUCACCCCCUCUGUGGCUGCUGAGGUUGUCUGGUGGAAAUGAGACCUGACUUGUGUUGUUCGGUGCAUGUUCGCAUGAGAGGGACAAUGGAGACAGGCAUAGAAGUGGGGUGUCAAUUAAAAAUUAAUUUAGUGUCUUCCAUUUCUUAAACUAGGACAUUAAACCACAAGUGUAAGUGGUUUUGUUGGUGGAAGGAAAAGAUUCUCGGGGAAGCUCUUACAGUUAAGGUUUGGUGGCCUUUUUGUUAGGAGUGGGUUUUUUCUCUCUCUGAAGUCAGAUGUGUCUUGAAUCCCAGCCCUGCUGCUAGAAAUCUGCGGGGGGUCUUUCUGGUGGCAGUUUACCACCUACGUAGCACUCGGUUGCCUAGGCUGCUCCAAAAAGGCUUUGAGCCAGUAGCCAGUAGCAUGGAUGAGCAGCCUUAUACACACACAUACAAACACACCCUGGUUUGUAUAAAAUAUUCUCUAGCAUGGCUCUCGAGGGAGACAUUGCCGUGUAAUCUGGACAGGGCUGUAGCCUAAAAACCACGCAUAAUAGCUCUCAUUUUUUUCCUCUCUUUUUUUAAAGUUUAUUUUAUUGAUUGUGCUACUACGGUUGUCCCAAUUUUUUUGCUCCUGUUUAUCCCCCUUCCACCUGCAUCCCCCCACCCUCCAGAAUCCUCCACGCCCCUUAGUUCAUGUCCAUGAGUUGUACAUAUAAGUUUUUUGACUUCUCUGUUUCCUAUGCGAUUCUUAACCUGCCCAGCUAUGCUACUUAUUCCCUGUAUCUCCCCCUCCAUUCUCCUCGUCCCCCUCCCCACAGAUAAUCCUCCAUGUGAUCUCCAUUUUACUGCUUUUAGAUUUUGCUGCUCUAUCUAAAGUAAUUAGAAAACUUGGGGUCCAUCAGUAAAACUUGGGCCCCCCAAACAGUGUCUUUCCUGUCCCUUCUCUUAUACCUGCUGUCCCCGAAGAGUCCCACGAGGUGAAGUAGAGGGGAGCAUUGAGGGGAUUGUGCGGAUGUUUUUAAAAACCUUUGCUGUCUCACUGAGGUCUCACUGGCUUAUCUGAGGAAUUUUACAUAAACAGUCAAGUGACUUGGGAAAAGCACAUUAACAUGGACGAAGGAUGCAAUCAAAGUAAUGCUAUGGUGGGAACCACGCAAGAGGCCUAUUUAAAUUAUUUUAAAAUUGUCGCAGUAGAGAUGAAAUGACACCAGCAUGUCGUAGCAACUAGCCAACCAUCUAACAGACGUCUCAGAGCAGCAUUUGGGUCCUCCUUUCUUAUCACUCGCCCUUGAGCAGGGCGGUGCGUAAUUCGUGUCUCCAGUUUGCCUUCCUGCGUCCUUCCAAAUUCUGAAUGCCAGGAAUUCCUCUGCAUUUUACCCGAGCGUCAGUGAAAUGGGCAAAAACUAGAGGUAAUCCAGAGAGAAAAUGAUCCAACUGUAAAUCGGCCGGAAACAUCAAUUUACUGGUACGUGAAUGGCCACAAAAAGCAUAAGCAUGGAGGGGUUUUUAAAUAAAUGAACAAAUGGGUUUGAAGGAGGACAGAGGGUCUGACGCAGUAGUUGUUGAACUUUGCAGGGAAGCCUAAAUGUGAAGUAUGAGGCCCCAGCUGGUGUGGCUCAGUGGACUGAGCGCUGGUCUGUGAACAAAAAGGUCGUGAGUUUGAUUCCCGGUCAGGGCACUUGCCUGAGUUGUGGGGCAAGUCCCCAGUUGGGGGUGUGUGGGAGAAGCAACAGAUCCAUGUUUCUCCCCCCCUUUUUCUCCUUCCUUUCCCCUCUCACUAAAACAUAAACAAAACAUUUAAAAGGAGAAAAGAAUGUGUGCUUGAGCUGCAAGCACCCCCUUUUUAGGAGGCGGGGGAUGGGAUGGAAUCAUCGGCUCAGCAGCCAGAGUCUAGGAGGUGCUUAUUAGGGCAGCCUGGAGCUUUUCCCUCCUACUGUGAAGAAAAUUUGAACUCUAUUGGUAACAGCUGCUACCUUUUCCCAAAUACCUAACACUUGUUUUACCUGUAAUCCUCACCGCAGCCCUCUGAGAUAAGCAUACGUACUGUUCCCAUUUUGCAGAUGAGAACAACUGAGGCAGAAAGAAUUGCAAUCUCCCAAUAUCACAAUCACAUCCAGAGCCCGUAUCACGUGUGUAGGAAGGGACAGGGCUCAGAUUCAAGCCCAGGCAGUCUGACUCCCAGGCACGCUCUCAGCCACAACACCAUACCUGGUCCUCCGUCACAGGACCAGACCAAUUAUAACAGCCUUUCCAGGUGUGGUUGUCCCCUUUACAAAUGAGCUUUAGCAAGAUUAAGCAAUGAUUACACAGCUAGACAAUAAUAGCUGACAUAUCCCUGACCUAUUUCCCCAUAUUUUGUGUUAAUUUUUUCAUUUGCAAGUCUGUUUCAGUUUGACUUCAAUGAAAAAAAAUAAUCGUGGUCGCAAAAUAUUGUGUGAUCACUGUUCUCCAACUCUUCAAUCCUUUAAAAAUCAUAUUACUGUUCUCCCAUUUUCUAGGUGAGAAACUGGAGGGCUAUUCAGGCAUUUCAGUCCUUUUACUUGUUUACAGAACCUGCAAGUUCCCGGAUACAGAGGACGUAAGACAGCAAGUAUCAGCUGUGUCGUGUGUACACAGAAUAUUAGAAUUAAUCUAUAAGCAGGUUAAGGCAGACCGAACACUCACAGGUAUAACCUGUGUAUGUUUAAACUUACUUAUGACUCCGAGUGCCCCGCUGGGACAGUCUUCGUGUUUGUUAUACACAUAACACCAAGUUAUAUCGUUUAGUUUGAGGAAAGCAAUACACAAAACACCCUAAGGAAGUCACAAGGCACAUUAGCAUAUUUAAGGCCUUGGACUUAAAUAAAGUGAACACAGACUUAAUUUAGCAAGUUUGCCCGAGACACAUUAACAUUCUCCAGCACAAGUGCUCUGUGGAACACCUUUCAGCAAAUAACGCGUCUGACAGAGCAAACUCACACUCCUUAGGAGGGCGUUCAUAAACUGACUCUCCGUUAUUUUCGGCUCAUCUCCUGCCAUUGCACUGUAAUGUUUCUGCCCUGCCAUCUGCCGUGUUAAACACUGGAAUUCCAUUAGGUGGAAUUCAUGAGGAAUGUCACAGUUGUGACAUUGCAGUUGUCACAUCCUCUAGAUGCAAACUUGGGUUCCAAAUGUCAUUGCAGUCAUUCUCCAAAGAAAAAGGGCAGAAAACAGGCUUCCUUCCGUCCAUUCAAAGGUCAUGAGCGAUUAAGUGUUACCACACACCCAUCCAACAGAUGGGAAAACCACAGGAAAGGCCGGGAACUACGCAAGCACCAGCAGACGCCAAACCAGACGCUCAGCUCCUCUCCCCCAACCUUAAUUCGGCAUUUCAGUGACUGGUUUGGUAUUCAAGAUUCCGUAUGUGCCACCUCGAUUAUCUACAGAACUGGAGUGAGAAUAUUUUUAAAAGAACUCUCACCAACCAAGAGCUAAAAUUAUAAUGCAAACAGAAAGCUUUAGGCAUGGCAUGGAGAACACAGACACACAAACCUAGGAAAAGUAAGCACAGAGAAAUGACUAACUGAAUCGCCCUGUUUGGGCUUCCCCACUGGUCCCACAGUGUGUGACACAGUGGUAGGGAUGGGUGUCAUUUCCGUUUUAACACUCAUCUGUCUCCCUGUAGCUCGGGGUCUUCCCCACUGAAUGCACGCGUAACCACUUUGGGUGGGAUCCGAACUAUCAUAGAAUCUGUAUGACCAAUUCGACGGACCCCUCACUUGGCAAUUACAUAUAUACUUUGUGUUUUCUUCAACGAAACCCAAGAAAAGUAAAGAUUCCCCAACCCAAUUAAAUUUUAAGGAAUCCCCAUGAAAUAAUUUAUUUUGUCUGCAUGAAACAUUUAUUUUUCUUCGGAUGUUACCACCAUAGAGGAAAGACACUGGCUCCCCACAGUUCAUCUGUAGCCAGUGUUGAACGAAGGCUGAAUUCCUCGAAGAAGUUAUGUUAAUAUUUAUGCUCGCCUAGCAGGGAAUUUUGUGGACCGAUAGGCAUUUCUCUAGUGAGCUAAUCCUACUGCUUCCAUUAGAGUUUUUUAGUCACAUAUUCAGUGCAUCAGUAAAGAGCUGCCUUUCUACUCUAUUUACAAGAAACUGUGGCACUUCUUCAAUCCCACUAAUACAGACCCCGGUGGAAUUUCUGAGACACUUUGAGUAUAUACGUGAAAACUGCCCCAUUUUCUCCAGACAGUCUCUUAAAUAUGUAUGAUGUAAAUGUAUAUAUUCCUAGACAUUUGAUGUUGGCUGUUGUCACUGACCAAGAGAAAGCAGCCCUCUUACCCUCUUGUCAAAACAUUAAAUUAGUGAUUACUAUAGAGUUGUAUUUCAUUGAAUUGAUUUUUUGUUGCUUUUUUUUUAACAGAAAUUCAAAGAUAAAUGUUAAAUGUGAUUGUGCCUUUUCUGGUGUUGACAUGCAUUUUUGUUUUUAUCAAAAGUACAAAAGCUCUUCAUUUUUUCCUACAAUGUACAGUUACUUUAGCUUUUCCCAGGAGAAGCUAGCAAUAGUUUUAAAAGCACAAAUUGAUGUAAAAUAUCUCUACUGUGGUGACAUUUAAAGAUAUUUCAUUUGCAUCAGCCAACGAUGUUAGGAUUUUUUGUAAUAGUAAUUAUUAAAAUGGUGUCAUUUGUAUGCUUAUGAAAUGUAUCACAUAGCUUAUUUAGGUUACACGGAGUAUACUCUUCAGAAAUGUUACUGGGUGAGCAGAGUUUUGACCUUCGCAUCCUGUCUGAGUCAGAGACAGGACAGGUGCCAUCCUCUGUCAGUUCAGCCUGUCCCCUCUCCUUAUCCAUCCACAGAACUGGGCAAAUCUGUGUUGGAAUUAUCUUUGUCUAAAGGGAAUCAAACUAGCUAUUUAAUAAUAGACUGCUCUUUAACGGGUUGAUAAAGGAAUAUUGUUGACACAAACUUCUUUUAAGGUGAAUAAAGAUGUAUCGGACAAUC